GUCGGCCCGGACACAAUGUACUCUUUGCGUCCCAAGCAAGUCGACUUUGAUGAAACAUGGUGCAAUAUCGAAUCAUCGAUUAAGAAGAUCAUAAACUUACAACCUCUCGAACGUCGUGUUUGGGAUUAUAAUUUCUCUGAUAUUUAUUCGUUAUGUGUGGCCAUACCGGAACCACUCAGUGAUAAGCUCUACGAAAAAACAAAAGCUUGCCUAGAGCAGCAUGUAACUGGUCUUUAUCAGGUGAUAAGCUCGACUUCCGAGCCUGAUUUGUUGAGUGAAUAUUGUCGAUUAUGGCGAGUCUAUUAUCAAGGAACGACCUACAUUCAUAAUCUUUUCGGUUAUUUGAAUAAACAAUACGUGAAAAGUAAAGGACGCAUGGAAAUUGAGGGUGGUUAUGGUGCUUAUAGUCAGUUCAUAACACAAAGUGAUGUGAAAGAGAUUGGUCUGGUAAGGAUUCUAUUGAUUCAGAAUUUUGAUUUGGCCAGCUUUCAGUUAGCCCUCGACAUAUGGAGGCAGAAGCUGAUUCGACCAAUCGAAACGCAACUCGUCAAUCAACUUCUGAGUGCGAUAUCGGCGGAUCGAGAAGGUCAAACGAAUGUUGCGGUUGAUGUGGUACGCGGGGUGAUCAUGUCUUUCGUACAGGUUGACGAUAUUGAUGGUUUGCGUGAGAAGAGUGAGAAAUAUUCUGCGGCGAGUGGUGGUGUCUCCAAUUACGAAACCUAUCGAACGUUAUUCGAAGAGAAGUUUCUUCAGGCCACUCAUGACUAUUAUACAAUACGUUCGAGUAAAUUGAUCACUGAACUGGAUUGUUCAAAGUAUAUGGAAGCGGUGAUCGCGUGUCUGGCGAAUGAAGAAGAACGUUCGCGACGUUUCUUGCAUAAAUGUUCAUAUGAAAAAGUGACUCGAUUGUGUGAAGAUGUAAUGGUGAGUGCGCAUAAAGACAAACUUCAUGCAGUUUGUCACGAAAUGAUACAAACGUUCCAACGACACGAUCUACAUAAUAUGUACACGCUGCUUAAACCGAUACCACGUGGUCUAGUGGUUGUGAUACGUGAAUUUGAAUCAUUCGUUAAGAAAACGGGUCUUGAUGCUGUGAGUAAUCUGCAAGGUGAUAAUGUACCUAGUCAAUUCGUUGAAAAUGUUUUACAGGUGUAUGAAAAAUUCAGUGCAAUGGUUACUGAGGUAUUCGAAGGAGACGGUGAUUUCAGUGGUGCUUUGGAUAAGGCUUUGCAAGCCGUGGUGAAUUAUCGUGAAGAGCAACGGCAGUCUCCAAAAGCGUCUGAAAGGUUGGCAAGAUAUACGGACACUCUUUUGAGGAAAUCUGUGAAAGGGUUGUCGGAGGGUGAAGUGGAUCAGAAGCUGAAGCAUGCAAUUACUAUAUUCCGAUAUAUCGAGGAUAAAGAUGUUUUUCAAAAGUUUUACUCGAAAAUGUUAGCCACACGAUUGAUCUCAAAUGUAUCGAUUUCGAAGGAUGCCGAAGAGUCAAUGAUCACCAAACUAAAGCAAGCUUGUGGUUUUGAAUUCACAAGUAAACUAUCGCGAAUGUUCACUGAUGUGGGCCUGAGUCAUGAGUUGACCGAUAAAUUCAAUGCGCAUUGUGCAUCCGAAAAAAUCACACUGAACGUUCAAAUGCAAGCACUCGUUCUGCAAGCCGGUGCGUGGCCCAUCUCUGCCCAAUUACCCACAAGUACAUCUUCGGCUGCAUCCUCGUCGCACACUUCAUCUCAUGCCAUACAAGGUUCGUCAUCCACAGUGCCCGCCGUAACUGCAAGUGGAACAACGUCUACGUCAGUGCCAACAGCCGGUUUCAUAGUUCCGCCGGUGUUGUUGCCUUCAGUGCAACAAUUUGAACUCUUCUAUCAAAUGUCUCAUAACGGACGUAAACUUACGUGGUUAUUCAAUUUAGCCACAGCCGAAGUGAAGUUGAACUAUUUGGAUAAGCAAUAUCAGGUUACAAUGUCUGUUCAACAACUCGCGCUUCUGAUAUGCUUCGAGCACACCAAUCAGCUAAGACUCUCGUUUUUGGCCACUGCAACCGGUCUUACGGAUGAACUGCUCAUCAAAAACGUUCGUGCGAUUGUGGAUAGUGGAAUAUUGUUGGUGGAUGAUAAAGAGUCGAUCGGUGACGGCUCGGAAGUGACGUUGAAUAUGGCAAUGACAUCGAAACGACUGCGUUUCAAAAUUGUUACGCCGCAAAUGCAGCGACAGGUGGAAAAGGAAGCAGAACAUGUGAAUAAUACGGUGCAACAAGACCGAAAGUACUAUAUGGAGUGUACAAUAGUUCGUAUUAUGAAAACACGUAAAGUGUUGAAGCACUCAGCGCUUGUCAAUGAAGUAAUUGAGCAGACAAAAUCUCGUUUCACACCCGAUAUGAACUUCAUAAAGAAGAAUAUCGAAGCGUUGAUCGAGAAGAUGUACAUCCAAAGGACGGAUCAAAACGAUGAAUAUCAGUAUCUCGCCUAA